AUGCAAAGAGCAUCCAUUAUCGCGGAGCAUGUCUCCCCAGCCCCUCCUCAUUCCAAGGUGCUCACUAUUGUGGGCGGCGGCAACUCGGGCCACGUGUGUGCCUCUCUCGUCCACGGCAACACCAAAGGCCGAGUCCGUGUCCAACUGCUGACCACCAAACCAGAGGCUUGGAUCAGUUCACCUGUGGUCCGCUUCCCCGAUGGAUGUAAGGACUACCUUGGGGCUCUCGCAGUCGCCGCCAGGGAUCGUCAUGGUUUUCUUGUUCCAGCCUCGCAAGAAGGCCUGGUCGAUAAGGUUUCGUCGGAGCCGAGCGAAGUUCUGCCCAAUGCCGACAUAAUUCUGUGGACUGGUCCAGUCAAUGCCACCAAAGAGGCCUUUGAAAUGAUGCAGCCGUUCAUCAACACUGAGAGAACAGUAGUCGGCACUAUCUUCGCCCAGGGCCUUGUGCACGUCUUGGCACAUAGGGUUUUCGGACCCGGGAUAAAAUUCUUCGCUCUCCGUAACAUCCCUUGGCUGUGCCGGACAAUCAAUGUCGGUCGAGAGUGCGAAAUAGUAGGCCCCAAAUCAAGCAUCGAGUGUGCCGUCAUAAACUUGAGCUCUCAGUGGGUGCAGGGAAACAUACAGCCGCUGUUCGCAGUGCAGAGUGAAGGUAAAAGUGCUGCAACUUGCUGGAGGCAUGUUCCAGUAGGCUGUUCACAACCCAGCAUCCACGUCAUUGAGGACUUCUGUCCAAUUGUGUUUAACCCGGCGAAUCAGAUCAUCCACCCGGCAACAUACUGGGGCAUCUUCAGAAAAUGGGCGCCCGGCAAGAACUUGAAGGGAGAAUCUCGCCCUAGGGCGUGGCUUUACCGCGACAUGGAUGAGCUAAGUGGUCAUGUCCUCGAGGCGAUGGAUGAGGAACUCCAGGCUAUCAAGUCGGCCUUUUUCCAAGCGACCGGUACCCGACUGGGACAGGUCACUCGAUGCCAGACGGGAACGCCCUCAGGCCGAGAGUCCUGCUUGAAGAUCUUGCGAUUGAGGGACAGACUCUUGGUACAGUAUGGAGACCAAAUUAAAGACAAGAGUACCCUGGCUAAGAUGGUUGGGACUAAUCAGGCUUAUUCGAUGGCCCGUACUCCGGGAGUAGCACCGAACCCCAAGCAUCGGGUGGUUGUGGACGACAUCGGUUGGGGUCUCUGUGUCCUAGUCUCCAUUGCUGAACGUCUAGGAGUCGCAACAACUGUGAUGAAGAUGAUGAUAGAAUGGCAUCAACGGAUCAUGGGCAAGGAAUUUCUCGUAAAUAAUAGGCUAUGUGGCCGAGACUGCGCUGAACUUGUACGUGACUCGAUGCGCAGGAGACCCACUGGAGCUCGUGUCAACGGUGCUCUCGGCACCCUCUCAUCUCAUUAA